AUGCGCAUGCGAGCAUUCCGACUCUUGCGUCGGGUCAGCCCAUCAGUGAGCCAACCAUGGCCAGCUAGUCGACCGCAACCCUCACCAAAGACAUAUAUCCGACAUCAUGGCCUUUUCUGUGAAUCGGCACCGAGAAGCCCCAGCCAAGCUCGAGCAUUCUCGUCCACACGCUCAACCAAAUUUAUGCUAGAUGGAGACUCUACAAUCUAUGCACUUUCUACAGCACCAGGUCGCGCAGCAAUUGCCGUCGUGCGCAUAUCCGGACCGGCCUGCGUCCCGAUAUACAAAAGUCUCUGUCCGAACACAUCUCUCCCUAAUCCCCGUUACGCAGCACUUCGCACUCUCUACGACCCAACCCAACCCCCAACGCCAAAAACAGUACUCGACGCGGGCGCCUUAAUUCUGUACUUUCCCUCCCCACGAACCGUCACAGGCGAAGACAUCUUAGAACUACACCUCCACGGCGGCCCGGCAAUCACCAAAGCCGUCCUAUCGGCAAUCGCCUCAACGAACACACCCACUCUCUCCGUCCGCUAUGCCGAACCAGGCGAAUUUACCCGCCGAGCAUUCAUGAAUGACCGCCUCAGCCUCCCACAGAUCGAAGCCCUCGGCGACACUCUAUCGGCUGACACAGAACAGCAGCGACGGCUGGCGGUGCGCGGAUCCAGCGAUGUCCUCGUGCGCCGAUACGAGGCCUGGCGCCAGGGCCUACUGUAUGCGCGCGGGGAGCUGGAAGCGUUGAUUGAUUUCUCCGAAGACCAGCACUUCGACGAGUCGACCGAGGAGCUGGUUUCGUCUGUCGCGGCGCAGGUGCGGGCUUUGACUGUGCAGAUUGGAUUCCAUAUUAGGAAUGCUUCGCGUGGGGAGCUGCUGCGAAAUGGGAUCCGGGUUGCUUUGCUUGGGGCGCCGAAUGCGGGGAAGAGCUCGCUGCUUAACCGGGUUGUUGGGAAGGAGGCGGCUAUCGUUAGUACUGAGCAAGGGACUACGCGCGAUAUUGUUGAUGUCGGGGUUGAUCUUGGUGGGUGGUUUUGUAAACUUGGGGACAUGGCGGGGAUUCGAGCGGAUGGGUCUGGGGAUGUUGUUAUUGGGGCUGUUGAAAAGGAGGGGAUACGGAGGGCUAGAGCUAGGGCAUUGGAGUCGGAUGUUGUGGUUGUGGUUGUUUCGUUGGAGGACACUGCUUCUGGUGCUCGGCUUUCGGUUGAGCCGGAGGUUCUCGAUGCUGUUAAUGACUGUGUUGAGGCGGGCAAGUGUCUCGUUGUGGCGAUCAACAAGUGUGACAAGCUUCACACUGCUCUGGACGGCGAUGUGCCUCUACCCUUGUUCCAUCUCAUCCGUGAUAUCUUCCCCGCUGUCCCGGCGAACCGCGUAUUUGCCAUUUCCUGCGAACAGGCCAGACGCGGAGAAUCGGCUACUACCACAGAUCCCGGGAACCUACAGGCCUUUCUACGUGGUCUAAUCGCAACUUUUGAAGAAAUUGCUUCGCCGCUCGGCGUGGACGGAUCUGAGCAAUAUGAUCUUUCAUAUUGGGAAGAUUCUCUAGGCGUGACCCAUCGCCAAAGUUCUAAUUUACAAAUAUGUCUCGAUCAUCUGGAUGAUUUCCUGUCCCAGGCAUCUUCAGCUGACCCCGUCCCCGGGAAUGAACCCAACCAUGACGAGUCCGAAAUCGACAUCGUCACCGCCGCAGAGCAUCUACGCUAUGCGGCCGAUAUGCUGGCAAAGAUCACGGGCAAGGGCGAGAGUGGUGAUGUUGAGGAUGUGUUGGGUGUUGUUUUUGAGAAGUGA